GUGGGGGGAUAAAAGCUCAAAAAAAGCUCGAAGAAGGGGAAUUGAUGUAGAGGGUCAUAGUAAAGUAGUGGGAGGUUUAUCAAGGCACAAAAUAGGAUAGUAGGCUUGAUAAGAAAAUGACGGAGAAUUUUGGUGCAGAUGAGUAGAAAAAAGAAAUGCUGAUGUCGUUCUAGGCUGCGUCGUCGUCGUCAUCGUCAUCAUCGUCGUUGUACUACCAACUAAAUGUGGCUACUGUGCGCGCUGCGCGUUGUCCUCUACUAUCGUUAACUUUUAUUUUUAUAUCAAAAAAAAAGUAAAUAUAACGUAUAUAUGUAUUUGAUCCCCACUAUUUGUUGGCUGGAAUACGUCAUCACACACAGGUCGUAUACUCUCUUAACUUGUCUAUCGCGUGCGUUAUAACCGUGUAUCGUAAAUGUGUUGUACCUCGACAGUUGUUCGCGGAGCAAAAGCCAGUUGUGCGUCCGUCACUCGGUCGGUCGCUUCUAUCUUACUUUAUUAUUAUUUUUUUUUUUUUUGAGGUCAAUUGUACACACGUUACACAUAAUAAAAAAUAUAUUUAAUUUGAUUAAUCAUUAGAUCAAAUCAUCGUUAUAUUCUGACGAUAUUGAUACAUUUUUUUUUUUUUGCGUCAAAGUUUGAUUUACUUAUAAAUUCAUACAGAUUUAAAUUUUGAAAGGAAAAAAAGAGAGUAAAUAAUUUAUCAUCAUGGCUAAUGAUGAAAACACGUGUGAGGAUUCAAUGGGUCCUGCUGAUCAUACAACAGCAUUUGGUAAACGUUUACGUGGACGUAAGGGUGCAUUAAAGAAAAAAAAUGUUUAUAUGAUUAAAAAUCAUAGUUUUAUGCCAAGAUUCUUCAAGCAGCCAACAUUUUGUAGUCAUUGCAAAGAUUUCAUUUGGGGUUUUGGAAAACAGGGCUACCAGUGCCAAGUUUGCAGUUUUGUCGUUCACAAACGAUGUCACGAAUACGUCACUUUCACCUGUCCUGGCGCAGACAAAGGUGCCGAUUCCGACGACACACGGACGAAGCAUCAAUUCAAGCAACACACCUACAACAGUCCAACAUUCUGCGAUCAUUGUGGUAGCCUUCUAUAUGGUGUCAUCCACCAGGGCAUGAAGUGCCAAGCAUGUGACAUGAAUGUUCACAAAAGAUGUGAAGUAAGUGUGCCGAAUCUUUGUGGAUGUGAUCAUACUGAAAGACGUGGUCGAAUUAAUUUGGCCGUCACUUGUACUGGCAAACAAUUAAUUGUUGAAGUUAAAGCUGGUCGUAAUCUUAUUCCAAUGGAUCCAAAUGGACUUUCAGAUCCUUAUGUCAAAUUGAAAUUGAUUCCCGACACGGAUGGUGUUAAAAAAAAAACAAAAACAAUAAAAGCAUCAUUAAAUCCUGAAUGGAAUGAAACAAUAACUUUUGACCUGAAGACAGAAGACAAAGAUCGAAGAUUAUUGAUAGAAAUAUGGGAUUGGGAUAGAACGUCGAGAAAUGAUUUCAUGGGUUCAUUGUCAUUUGGAAUAUCUGAAAUAAUAAAAUCACCAGCAGAUGGUUGGUUCAAGCUUUUAACAGCUGAAGAAGGUGAAUUUUAUAAUGUUCCUGUUCCAGAAGAGGGUGUUGAUUUGGUUGAACUUAAAACUAAAAUGCGGAAAACUUCAGUUACUAAAAAACCAGUAACUCAAGAUCGAGAUAUACCACAUAAUAUGGGAAAAAGUGAUUUAAUAAGAGCAUCUGAUUUUAAUUUUCUUAUGGUACUUGGAAAGGGUAGUUUUGGAAAAGUAUUACUUGCUGAAAGAAAAGGAUGUGAUGAAUUAUAUGCUAUUAAAAUACUUAAAAAAGAUAUUAUUAUUCAAGAUGAUGAUGUUGAAUGUACCAUGGUGGAAAAACGGGUCUUGGCAUUAUCACAUAAACCACCAUUUCUUGUACAACUUCAUUCUUGUUUUCAAACUAUGGAUCGUUUGUAUUUUGUAAUGGAGUAUGUCAAUGGUGGUGAUCUCAUGUUCCAAAUUCAACAAUGUGGAAAAUUCAAAGAACCAGUUGCAGUAUUUUAUGCAUCUGAAAUAGCAAUUGGAUUAUUUUUUCUUCAUUCACGUGGUAUUGUCUAUCGUGAUUUGAAAUUGGAUAAUGUUCUAUUGGAUUCCGAUGGUCAUAUCAAAAUUGCUGAUUUCGGUAUGUGCAAGGAGGGUAUUACUGGUGAUAGAACCACUAAAACAUUUUGUGGAACUCCGGAUUACAUUGCCCCCGAGAUUAUUCUUUAUCAACCUUAUGGAAAAUCUGUUGAUUGGUGGGCUUAUGGUGUAUUGCUUUACGAGAUGUUGGUUGGCCAACCACCCUUUGAUGGUGAAGAUGAGGAAGAACUUUUUUCUGCCAUCACUGACAACAGUGUUAAUUAUCCAAAAAGUUUAUCAAAAGAAGCCAAAGAAGCCUGCAAAGGGUUUUUAACUAAAAAUCCAAGCAAAAGAUUGGGAUGUGGACAUCGGGGUGAAGAAGAUGUACGAAGUCACACAUUUUUCCGUCGUAUUGAUUGGGACAGAAUUGAAAAUCGUGAAGUGCAGCCACCCUUCAAACCAAAGAUUAAACACAGAAAAGAUGUCAGUAACUUUGACAAACAAUUUACAUCUGAAAAAACAGAUUUAACACCGACAGAUAAAUUAUUCAUGAUGAAUUUAGAUCAAACAGAAUUCCUUGGAUUUUCAUAUUUAAAUCCAGAAUUUGUUAUCAACAUUUAAACAACAAAUUCAUAAUUAUGAAUAAAUUUCAAAAAAAAGUAAUAAAUUAAUUUUCAUUAACUAUUUUUCUUUAUAUAUAAAAAACCAAAAAACAAUUUCUUAAAAUCACCAAGUCUCUAUUUUUUUCAUUAUUUAAAUAUUAUGUAUUAUUUUAUCAAAUUUAUCAUUCACCUUUUGAAUUUUAUUCUUUGAUAUUAUCACCGAAUUUACCUCUUGUACCUUGUAGAGUAAUAAUAGUAAUAAUAAUUGAUGACUAUUGUCAAUCGUGAGAUUUAAUUCAAUAAAAUAAAUUUACAUAAUCUUGUCUUAAAAAUUUUAAAAAUACAUUUAAUUUUUAAAAUAAUUAUUGAUAAAUGCUUCCGUAUGAGCUUUGUCAAGCUGAAAAAUUAUCAAUUUAUAAAUAUAAAAAUAUACUAAUACUAUCCUGCAAUAAUUCAUAGGUAAUUUAAAAAAAUAAUCAUAAUAUACAAUAUAUUCUAUAUAAAUGAUAAUAAUAAUAAAUAAUAAUAUAAUAAAUAAUAAUAUAAUAAAAUUAUAAAUUAAUUAAUUAUUUAGUUUAAAAGAUAUUACAACUGAAAGUCUUGAUUAACAAAAUUAAUUAUUAAUUAUAUAUGAUAUACAUGACUAUAUCAAUGUAAUAUUUACGCUUUAAAAAAAAUUAAAUUACAAAGUUCCUACGGAAGCAAAAAAUGAAAAAAAAAAAAAAAAAGACAUUUAAAAAUUUAUAAUUGCCAAGUGUGUAAUAAUGCUUUUUGAUGUAUAUCGAUAUUAUUAUUGUUGACUAAUAAAUACUCGAUAAUCCACAAAGUAUUAUACAUGAAUUAAAAUAGAAUUAACAUUUUAAAAAAUGAUUAAAGAGUUGUGAAAAUAAUAAUAUAAAUGGCAUAAUAAGCUCGAUGAUAAUCAUGAAUAUCAAAAAAAGAAAAUAAUAAAUAUUUAAAUUUAAAAAAUAUAUUGUAGAUUUAUUAAGGAGAUAUUGUUGUCUUCAUUUUAUUUGCGUAUUUAAUGCAUUUACUUCGGUAGUUUCUACUGUCGCCUUCCAGAGUUAUAUUUAAUUUUAAAUAAUAGUUUUAAUUGUAAUAUAAGUAAGAUAAUAUGAUGAUAUUUGAAAAAAACUAAUUAAACAACAAUUUGGAAAUGUUGUUGGUUUUUAAAAAUUAGAUAUUAUCAGGUACUGCUUUUACUACGGUGCUUGGUUGUUUGAUGAGACACGUGAUUAUGAAGAGCGAGCAAGAAAAUUAAUAAUUAAAUAGAUUAUAUGAAUUUUGAAAUAUUUAAAUAUUAUUACUAUAUGUAUGUUAAGAUAUUAAUGAUGGAAAAAAUUGUUUAAAGUGAAGGAAAAACAAUGAGAAAUUUGAACGUAAAAAAAAACUUGAAUUUCAAUUUUGUUUUAAUUUUUUAAUUAUAUUUGAACAAGUUGAAAAAAAAAUAUGAAAUUGUCAUGAUAAAGAUAAAAAUAUAAUGCGAAAAUCAAAGAAAAAAAAUGUAUUAAAAUUUAUUUAUUUAUUUAUUUAAUUUAUUUAUUAAAAAAAAGAAAAAAAAUUAAUAAAUAUAUUUAUUUUUUUUACGUUCAAAGUUCUCAAUGUUUUUAUGAUCUUUAAAAUUUUUUUCAUAAAAUUCUCUUUAAAUUCUUUUUAUACACUAUUUAAAAAAUAAAAAAAAAAAAAUACUCAUUAAAUUUGUCUCUCACUAAAAUCGAUAUUGACUAAAUUUAAAAUAUAAAAAUUAGAAAUAAAUUUCUGCACUGAAAAUUUUCUUAAAAAAAAAUUAAAAAAUUCCUUAAUAAACAAUGAGAACCAAAAUUUUAAUAAUUAAUAUUAAAAACAAAUAUUUUAACCAAACAAUUUAUUGUAUUAGAUUAAAUAAGAAAAUAAAAAAAGAAUUUAAAUAAUAGUAUUUAGAAUAUUAUUCUCAUAAACGUCUGGUACGUAUUUUUAAUUUUUUUCUUAUAAAAUAUAUAACGAUUAUUAAUAUGUUAAACAAUAGAUAUUAUAAAUAAUUUAUAUCAUCAAAAGUAUACUCGCUCUUGUUUCAUAAAAAUACCAAUUAAAUUAAAAUACUUUUGUUUCGUUAUUUAACUAAAAAAUAAAAAAUAAAAUGUCGAAAAUUGAUCGGAGAAAAAAAAUUAAAACAAAAUUCUAUGGAACUUUGACAAAGUAAAAAACAUACUUAAAAAUUAAUUUGGUGCUUUUAUGUUUUUUUUCAAUGAUCAAUUGAUAAAAUUGAAUAAUAAAAAAUGAUAAAUAAAUAAUUUGUGAUGCUGUCCUUCAUGGGAACCCUCAGCUGCGCACUAUUCUAUAAUUUAAUUUUUAAAAAUACAUAAAUAAAGUAUACACAUCUUCAUUGAAAUAAAAAAAUACACAAAAAUUGCAGGGUUUAAUAAAUUACAAAAAUAUUAAAAAAUAAAAACUUCAAAAUCUAUUCUUAUACCAAUUCUCGAAGUGUCUUCCAGCGUAAAUAGUUCGUGCGUUUGUUGAAAAAUAAAAGUGUCUAUCUGAUGAACGUACGUGACAAUAUAAUUUUUAGACUAACUAUUUAUUUAAAAUUAUAAUAAAAAAAGAGUGAAAAAUAUAAUUAUAAUCAAAUAAUAUAUUUAGUAAUUUAAACGAACGUCUAUUGGCUAAAAAUAUAAGUUUUAUUUUCAUGUUGUCUUGUUGAAAAAAAAUAAAUGAAAAUCAAGCAAUCAUUAAUUAUUUAAAAUAAUAAUUAUUAUUAUUUAGUAGAAAUUUUAAGACAUUUUGUCUUCCUGUGUGCUAUUGCGGUUAAAAUUAAUUUAAAACGUUCGUUUGAUUUUAAAAAAAAUUGACUUUCAGCCAGCUCAAUUAAUUAUUUGAAUUUUAAAUUUAUCCGCGCAGCCCAGGGAACUCAAAAAAAUUUAUUAUUUACAUUAUAAAAUAGUCAUGAUUAUAUAUUAAUAAUGUAGCUAAAAAAAAGCAUAUAUGUUACAAUAAGUUAUGAAAAUAUAAAAGGGGAAAAAUCAUAAAACUUAAAUAAUUUUAAGAAUAAAAAAUAUAU